AAAAAAAUAAAGCGAAAAAGAGAAAAAAAAUAAAGCAGAAAGAAAAAAAGAUUCCUGAAAGAAAAAAGAAACAAGAAAAAAAAAUAGAAAAAGAAAAAGAAGAAUACAAAAAAGAAGAAAAAAAAGAAGGAUACAAAAAAGAAGAAAAAGAAAAUGCAGAAAAGAAGAAAAAGAAGAAUAUAAAAAAAAAAAAAAAAAGAUACAAAAAAGAAGAAAAGAAAUAA